AUGACAACAACAACAACAACAACGACGACGACGACGACGAAACCAGCAUACCUCCGCCGUGGCACUGAAUCCGACCAGGAACGCAAUGACGAUUUGGCAUUCUUCAGAAACAUCAAUAAGCAAAAUGCAUUCUUGCGGGAAAUGAGGGAAAACAGUGAAGUCACUAGUGAGCAUCGGCAUUUGCGCAAACGAUUUCAAGAAGCUGAGCAGAUUGCCAGGGAGAAAAGAGUAUCGUUAGAUGAGCAGAAGUUGCGAAUAUUGAAUGAAUUGAAUUGCGAUUUGAAUGGUGGAAAAGAAGAAGAAGAAGAAGAAGAAGAAGAAGAAGAAGAAGAAGAAGAAAAAACAGCAACCGGUUCCAAUGGUAGGAAGUACGAUUUGGUUCGAGACAACUCGUAUUUGGAAAAGUUGGUGGAGAUGGAAAACAAAUCGGUCGAUGGCAUUGUUCGGCAUUUCUUCUGUUUGAGACAAACUGGGCCUAAUUUUUGUGCCGAUGCAAAGUAUGCUCACGGGUUAUCGCGAUCGUUGCGGUUUCUUAUAACCGGCAGGGAUAAGCAGCUAGCGUUCAAUCAGUUUAAAAGGAAGUUGAAGGGCAACAUUUUGAGGAGUUUGCAUAUGGACCACGUGAGGGCUAUACUUGAUGUUGCCGAAAUGAUUAGCCAGCAGAAGCUGAUUGAGUUUCCUGUGUUUACGCUGGAGGAAGUUAAAAAGUUGGCAAAGAUGAUUGGAUAUCAUGUCGAAGUUGAUCGCGGAACGACAACGACCCUACCGAUCAAGAUUGAGCAGAGCAAUUGCUGUGUUCAGUUGCAGUUGGCUCGGCUAAGUCUAUUGUUGACUACACACCUUGCCUUUGCACAUCACGACGUGCAAAUCUUGGACGAUGCCAUGUGGAUGUUUCUCAUGAUCACAUCCGAUUACAACGUUAAUAAGUACGCACUAUUGACAUUGCCGAUGUUUAUCAAGCUUACAUUUCCGAGAAUCGUGGCCAUCUCAAGUGAUGAUGCUACGGCGUUGACUAACAAGUUGUACUUUAUGAUUACCUCGAUCCAUGCUGCCAAGCCAGCAAACAAAGACGGUCAAGACAAAAAAACCGUGCGCAAAGUUGACUUGGAAAUACAGUACAGCAUCAUAAAGCUCCUCAACGUGACAUUUACCAAGCAAGUUGCCAAACAAGUUGCCAAACAAGCUGGCGUGACGGCUAAUGUUGAAACAGUGGUCAACAAUCUAACGUUGCGCUGGAUCUAUGCUCAUCCAGAAGAAGAACUACCGAAACUUCCUCGACUCAUCAAGUCUGCACUCAUAAAAGGCGACGUUCGAUACUUGUUGCUCGCCCGUGAUCUAAAUUUCGCCAACGAGAUCUACCAUUUCUACUACAAGAUCAAGCUCUUGCCCUAUGUGCUAGUUUACCAGCUUUUCGAUUUCGACAAGGGCAAACUAGAGAAUUUGAAUAUCUUGAGAAGUAAGAAAAACUCCAUCGAUUCCAUGGUUGAAAACUGCUACUACUUAAUGAGUCAAAUCAAGGAAGUGAUUUUCAAAAGACUAGAGUUGUGCUUUGAUGGCGAUGAAGUGAUCCAGUUGUUGACUGACGUGCAUCAGGAUUUGCGAUUGCAAGGUGAUAAGAUUGAAGAGGAUUUGAAGAUGAUGAAUGAUGAUUUUUUCUAUCAUGGCAUGUAA